AUGCGUGAAAAAAAUCGUAAUGAAGUAUUAUCUUUAUUAAUAAAUUCAUUUUUUCAAGAUGAACCUUUAGCUAAAUGUCUUCAAUUAGAAGAACCAAUUGAUUUUGCUAAAAGUAUUAUUAAUAAUGCAUUACAUGAUCAAUGUUCAUUUGUUGUAUAUGAUAUUCAAACAAAACAAUUAAUUGGAAUUUGUCUUAAUGAAAUCAAAUUUCAAGAUAAUAAAUAUAUUAUUAAUGAAACAAAUGAAAAAAUUUAUUUUAUUCUUAAUUUUUUAAAUAAUAUGCAUUUAAAUAUAAAUCUUUUUAAUCAAUUUAAAAUAAAUUCUCUUCUUCAUAUAUUUAUAAUUAAUAUUAAGAAGAAUUAUCGUGGUUAUGGACUUGGUUCACAAUUAAUAUCAACUACUAUAGAAUAUGCAAAAAAGAUUAAUAUUAAAGGAAUUUAUGCUGAAACAACAAAUAUUUAUUCAUUGAAUUGUUUUAAACAACAAGGAUUUCAAGUUUAUCAUCAAAUCAAUUAUAUUGAUUAUGAUCAAAUUCGUCUAGCAAGUCUUACGAAUCCUGACCAAAAUCAAUGUCAACUUGUUGCACGAAUGACUUAA